AUGGCAUCGGUGACGAGCAUGCGCAUCCAGCCGUUGAACAAGCAGGAAAUUGCCGCUGGCAAAUACGUGCUUUAUCUGAUGCGUUCUGUGCGUGUACGCUCCUCUCCAUCGUUCUCAUUCGCAUCGCGGCGAGCCAAUGAAUCCGGCGUGCCACUGCUACCGGCUUUCAUCUACCAGCCAGAUCAGUACAAUUUGGCGCAGCGAAAAUUUCUGCUGGAAGGAUUAAUAUGCUUGCGAAAUGCAUUGGUUACACUGGGCGCUCCUUUGUUGGCGAUUAAAGCAACGGAUGAGCAGAAAGCAAUGGACAUCGCUUUGAAGUUGAGCGAACAGGCCUGCGAGGUGAUCACAGAUGCUGCUUAUUUGCGUCAAGAUCGUACUUUCGAAGAAAACCUCAACGAGAAGUUGAUCGCGAAACGAAGAAGGCUUACAAGAGUUGAAGGAAAUGUUUGCGUCCCUGUUACGGUAUUGUGCGCGAAACCUGCGUUCAAUGCUACUACAAUCCGAAAAGUUGCUUGGCAUCUCCUCGAGAAGUUGCGUCUGGAAAAAUGGGAC